AUGGUCAUGUACACUGCCAGGAAUAAAACAACUGAUGCUGUUCAAAGUCUUCGACUUGCUUUCCCUGCAGUCCCAAUUUAUGCCAGAGCUCUGGAUCUCAAGCACCUUUUAGAUCUGAAGAAAGCAGGUGCAACAGAUGCUAUUCUGGAAAGUGCAGAGACAAGUUUGCAGCUGGGCUCUAAGCUUUUGAAAGGGCUUGGAGUUAUGUCUGAUGAUGUGAACUUUCUCCGUCAGCUCUUUCGUGAUUCCAUGGAGCUGCAAGCUCAAGAAGGAGUGAGCAAAACUGAUGAUAGAGAAUUUAAUAGUCUGAAGCCUAUGCAGGUGAGAGUUGCCGACUUGAUUGAUGAUGCGGUACCCGUUCCAUCCACGUCCUUAGAAGGUGAAUCAUGGGGGGCAACCAGGGAAGAUAGUUCUUAUAUCUUGACAAUUGAGGGGAAUGUGGACAAAGCAAAUCCCGAAAACAGUGAGCUCCAACAGUCUGAGCAUACAGAAGAGGAAGGAGUUUCACAUAGUGGCUUAGAAACGGAGAACAGUUUUGCAAUUAAAUCACAAGAUGUUGACGGAUCAAACUCUUGUGUAACAACUAAAGAUGAAGUGUAG